GGCUGUGACCCAGAAAUUCCACUACACCUUGUUAACACCCUCCAGGAUACCAUUGGCUUUCUUGGCAACAAGGCCACAGUGCUGGCUCAUGGCCAACCCACUGUCCUCCAGGCCACCCUGGUCCUUCUCUGCAGAGCAGGUCAGCCCCUGGCCUGUACUGAUGUAUCUGGUUAUUCCUCCCCACGCAUCGAUGAAUGGCAGCACAGCCUGCUGGUGUGACAGCCACUCCUCCCAGCUUCGGAUCAUCAGCAUACUUGCUGAGGGUGCAUUCCACUCCUUCAUCCAGGUCACUGAAGAAGAUGUGUAACAAGCCUGGACCCAGUGCACACCUCUGGGGAGCACCGCUAGCCACAGGCCUCCAAGUAGAUUCUGCCACCGAUCACAGCCCUAUGAAUGCCAUGAGCUUGCUGAGGAGAGGUGCUAAAUACAUUAAUGAUCAACACUUCUCCACAAGAACAAGGAAAAGAAGCAAUUUCUAGAAGCUGUGGAUCUGGAGGAUAUGUUUAAAAUGAAAAAAUCCCACACAGCAACAACAAAAAAGGGGGUAGAAUUGACUAGUGGUCUUUGAAACUUGGAAAUGGCUUUAGACAGGAGAGAGGGAGGUAUAUGGGCACCUGACAGGCCUCUGGGAAUAUACAGCCCAGGGCUGAGAGCCUGCCGGGAAGCAGCUGUACCCAGGAGAAGGCAAAGGAGAUGGGGAGGGAGUGCAAGUGGCUGCCCGAUGCACAGCGCUGCUUCCUCCCCCUCUGCCAGCCAUCACCACCAGAGCAUCGUGUUUAUACCACUUAUUUUAUUUUGUCAUACGGAUCACAGAGCACGUAAAUAGUUUGGUGUUUUUGAGGAGAGAUGUUGAACACAUUAAUGAUCAACGCACUCCUCUACAAGAACAAGGAAAAGACACAGAUAUGAGAAGCACACCCAAAUGCAACCACAGUGACAAAAGGCCAGGGGAGGGAGUGGAAGUGGCUGGAAGUGGCACUGAGGGGACCUCAGCUACACCUUAAGACACAUGAAUGCAAGGGGCUGCUGGUGAGCAUAUGGACAGCGGGGACAUCACAGAGAAACAGGCGGUGACAUCAUCAAGCAAAGGACUGUGACCACACCACCCUCACUGAGUACCUGUGGGCAAGGGCAGAGCCUGGUCCAGUUUGUUCGUGCCUGGACUCCUGCCGAGCGUGUGUGCGAGGCUUGGAGGUGGAACGAGCGUUUGGCUUGGGUGUUGGCUUGUGCUUUGGGGACUGUGGGCAGCGGCUCUCAGUGCCCAUCCCUACAGCCAUCACCUGCAUUUCUCUGGCCUGCCUGGCUCAGGCAGCCACGGUCCUACGAGGCGCACGCGUAGCAGCAGAGUGCGCAACUUUCAUCACUGUGGUGCUGGUGACGGGGGAGCAGAUCCUCACCUUCAGUCCCCAGCAGGCCACAGCCUGAACAUCAUGGCAGCCGAGCAGGCAUGGAUGUGUCCCAUCUGCCGUGAUGGGCGAAAGGACGUGGCCUACGCGGUACCUUGCUGCCACCAGUUCUGUCUGGGCUGCAUCCUGCGGUGGGCCAAGCAGAACAACAGCUGCCCGCUCUGCAGGACGGUCAUGUCUGUCAUCAGGGUCGCUGAGUGGGACAACGACGAGGAGCUGGAUUUCAUUAUCUCGCCCCCAGCACAGCCUGUACCCGCCUGCUUCCAGGCAGGCGUUACUCCUGGCUACAGCCCUCACAGCUAUUCGCCAUCUCCCUCACUGUCCCCUUUACCAUCCCCUCUGCCCUUUCUGCCUCUGCCAGAGGAGCAGGAAGAUGAAGCUGCUCCUGGCUACAGCCCUCACAGCUAUUCACCAUCUCCUUCACUGUCCCCUUUACCAUCCCCUCUGCCCUUUCUGCCACUGCCAGAGGAGCAGGAGGGUGAAGAGGAAGAACAGCAGGAUGCUCAGGAGGCAGAUGAAGAGCAUGUUGCGGACACAGAGGAGCAGUGGGCAGAGGAGGCAGAGGAGCAGCAGGCCGAGGAGGCAGACAAAGAGGAGGCAGAGGAGGCAGAUGAUGUGCCUACAGUGGGAGGUCUCCUGCCUGAGGUCUGGGCUGCUCUAUUCAGGCAGCACCGGCAGAUCCUGGACCCUGUGCUGCCCUGGCUACUGCAACAGCUGACAGUCAUCUUUGGGGCACAGUGGUGGCCGACACUGUCUACAGAGAGCAUCAUCCUGAAUGCUCUGUGCAGCUUCGGGCUGGACAGCGAGGCCCUGGUCCAAGAGGUGUGGCCUAUCCUGGAGGACAGAGCAGAGGCACUCAUCCACGGACUCAUCAGCACUGUUGUGUGGCAGUGCGCUGAGGAGGCCCAUAGGCAGCUGGGCCUCCAGGAUGCCAAUGUGUCCAGGGAGCAGCAGGACAGCCCUGUGGCCGCUCCUAGCCCCGCAGCCUCCCCACAAGUCACCCUCAGCUCGCGGCCUGCAAGUCCCAACACACAGGACCUGCCCAGCACACCAGAGGCCGUCCUUCCUGGCUGCCCCAGUCACUGCCCCACUGCACACAUCCUGAGGGAACCGGAGGAGCCCCACGAGGAGAUGGAGCAGGGCAUCGCAUCAGGUCCUUCUGCUCAGGCCAGCAGCUCCUCUGCUCCUGGCCGCUCGCCUGCUGGGGCCCAGCGGCCCCCCAAGAGAAGGGCUGACAGUGACGGUGACCCAGACCAGCCCUGCAAGAGGCUGCACUGGCGUCGGCACUAGCAGUCUCUUUAUUUACAAAUAAAAAUAGAAAAGAUUGUUCCACAAAGUCUCAGUUUUACUCCAAACAGAGCUGGUGAUCCACACGCACAGUGCUGCUCUCUCCCCCUCAGCCAACCAGCACCACCAGACCAUCACGGUUCUACCACUUACAGUAUUUUUGCCUUACAGAUCACAGAGCACUUAAAUUCUCUGUUUUAUUCUGAGGACAGCUGCUGAGUACCUUAAUGAUCAACACUCUCCUCUAUAAGAACGAGGAGAAGACGCAGAUUUCAGAAGCGCUCCCAAAGAUAACCACAGUGACCAAUGUCAUCACAAUGGCUAUAGUUGGGCCGGGCACUGCGUUGUAAGAUAUUGUUCAACACACCCAAGAAACACGUGUGGGUAUCCAUUCAUGCUGAGACCCUUUCAUAGCGUCAUCUCACAGCUUUAAAUCAAUGACAGUGAACCUUCUAACAAGAAUAACUAAAAAAGAAGCCUGCAGAAUUCUGAUAAAGAGAGGCACUCAGAGUUGGUGUCAAUUCUGUAUCUGUGUCUGCUAAGCAGGCAUACUCUGAUCUUUAUUGUGGAUGUAUAGGGGAAAAUGGUGGACAAACGUGCAUAACAAGGAAAUAAACAGAAAAUACUUGAUUUUUGGUCAGAUUCUGAUGUGCUUACUGAGACUUCCUCAGACCAUUCUCUCCAUGCAAUGUGUGAUUCAAUAGCAGUACUUACAUAGUAAGAUUUUUUCAGCAUAAAAUCAUUAAAACUGGUCCUCAAAAACUAAACUAUACUAAACAUAUUCAAAUUGCUAGUAAGCAAGCCAUACUCCAACAAAUGCUGAGCAUCUUCUUAUCCCAUUUUCUUCUCUCUGCUUGCAUGCUACCACCGGUACGCUGACAUGGGAUCAGGCAGUAUCCAACAAAAAUCUUGCUUUAUCUUUCAGAAUUACCAUUUGCUCAGUGGAUUCUGCUUCUGGCAAGUUUCCAACUCCUAGUCUGACAAACAGAAAAAAUACAUCCCAACAUUGCAGAAAAAAAGAUGAAACCAACACAAAACGCUUCUGCAAAUCAGCUGCAGCCUACCAAUGCGCUCCACACAUCUUGAAAUUUGCCAUGCUGUUACCAUUUCCUCUUUCACAUCAGAAAUUUAAGAAAGAAUCACUACUAGGAAAAUGGGGAAAAGUAGCAAGGAGACAGAGAGUAAAAAGAAAGUAUUAGUGUGAUACGCCCCUCAUUUAGCUAUCUCUACAAAAGUCACGCUUGUCGUACAGUCCAGAGGAGAAAGAGAGUGGCUGAACUUAAUACAAAGGCAGCGUUUCCCCCAAAAGUUAGAGAUGAUAUAGAAACUCAGUCUUUUUUGAAUCUAACUUAGCUGGGGUGCAUCAUGUAGGAAAGUAUACCUUUUAUUCACCUUCAUAGACAAGUGCAUUUUCUAGUAUAAAACAUAAAGACAAAAUCAUGCAGGCUUAGCUAGCAAGAAAUCCAGAAUUGAUUUACCUUAAAAGUUAUGCCCCAGAAGUUUGUAUAGGAAUCGUAAUUUCUCAUUUCUUUAAGUGUAACUACUAUCUUUUUACUGCUUUUUGUUCCUGUUAGUUUUGAGCAGCCAUGGGAUAGGGAAGAAGCUGAGUUUUUUUAUGUCUUGCACAUCAUCAGUCCAGUUUCUUAUUAGGGAUUUUGGUUACCUCCCGUUUUGAUGUUUCUGGGCAAUGGAUCAGAGCUUAGCUAAGAUCUGUUAUGCUUUUUUCAGAGUACCAGAAUUGGAUAAAAUCAAGAUUGCCAAUAUUUUUAAAUCACUCUCCAUGUGCUGGAGAUUGUGUGAUGCUUUCCUGAAAAGAUUUUUCUAUUUCCUACUGUGCUGAAGCACUGAAAGAAACAAGUGGGAUAUGACAGGGCACAUGAUUUAAAGACAGGUUUACACCCAUAUGAAUGCCAUCUGCCCUUGGUACUGAGUCUGGGUAGGUAACAUCAAAGCAGAGAAAAUUGAGGAUCCCAGAGAACAGCUUGAGUGAGAAAUUCAAAGGAGACAAUUCAUUGUGAAUGCUGUGUUCAGAGAUACAAAAAGGGAUGCUCACUCUUGCUAGAAAAUACCUCUGGCACAUACUUGCCAUAACACUCUUGUCAAUACACUCCUGCCCAGGCUCUCAGUUAUCUUAGUCAGCACAAAACAUUAUUCCUUCUUUCUACUCCAAUCUACUAUUCCAAUGUUGUAACAAUUGCACAGAUCUGCCUACUCUGCCUAUGUUUCCCUCUUCCUCCAUAUACAUCCAUGUGGUUCUUAAAUAUUCAAUUAAUAAAUACUUCUGCAGCCAAAUCUAUAGAAGCUUUUUUUUUCCUUUAAAGUUUAUACCGAGAAAUGAUGCUACAGCUUUAUUUCUUUUUAAAACUGUUUAUUUGUUCCUUGUCAAACAUGGGGAAAAGGAAGAAAUGUUGACGUAGAGUAUCAAUUCCUUUAAGACUCUCUGAUCAAGGACAUUUCUAGUGGAGAAUGAGGAAGAACAAUAGUAAGGAAAGGAGAAAGCCAUAAAUAAGAGCAUACAGCAGCACAAACGUGACCAACAAAUGAUAAGGGAGGCAAUGAGGAAGCUCAGGCCUGGUCAGUCACAGUGACUGCUGAAGGUAGGCUGGAGAGUGGUUAUUCCAGCAGGGUUUCCUGAUGGAGGGAAUCCUGUAUUGGGAUGAUAAAAGGGGAAGAUUCAAACACGCUGAGACAUAGAUCUGACAGAGUAAACCAGGAGAUAGUGAAAAGAAGCAACCCUCGAGGCCCUGUAACACAAACACACGUUUCUAAAAGCAGAGCUUUUGGUGCAGAUGAGUAUGUACCACUGCAGCCCCAGCACGCAGGGAGACAGGGGCGGUUUGUCUGGUGUGAACUGUCUCCCCCAGCACAGCCUUGGGUGCUGAGGCCUACAGUUAGGCCUAAGAGGGAGACUGUACUCCCAACCCGCCUGAAGACGAAGGGAACUCGGUGACCUGGGCCUUCUCUGGGGAAGCAGCGGAUUGCGAACAUAAAGGUGCGAACACACGCACAGAGGCGCCAAAGCUGAAGCUGUGGGCCAAGCAGCCAUCUGCUUCCCUGGCGGCGGCGCGGUGCACGCUGGGUACUGUAGUCCUUCGGCACGGAGCGGCGCCGCGCGCCCUACGGCGGUAGGGCGGGGAGAACUCGAGUUCCCGUGAGGCAGCGCGGGACCGGCGGGGGCUCUCAGGCGCGCGGCGCGGGAGACCCGCCAUUUUGUGAGGAGAAGCGGCGGCCGCUGCUCGUUAGCGGUACUGCGGGACGGCCUACCGCGGGGGGCUCUGAGCGCUGUUUUCCGCCGGCGUUCUCUACUCCUCUCACUCCUUUCUCUUUUUGCUCCUCUCGCAGGUUCGUCCGCCUCUCUGUGCUCUUGUUAUCCCACCCCUCGCUCUUUCCCCACCCUCCCCACUCCCUCCCCUCCCC